UCAGGUGUUGUUAGGACACACUAGUCGAAUUCGAAUCCCCGUCGGAGGUAGCUAGAAAUUAUAAACAUACAUUUUGCUCUCUUUUUCUUCCUUUUGUCGCAACCAAGUUUAUGCUUAACAGAAGUUUAGGGCAAGCAAAGAACAGAUUCGAUUGUAAAGCCGUUUUUCCUGUUGCCCACCUUUAAACCCUAAAAACCCUCUACUUUUUUCAUUGUUAACUCCAAUGGAACUGCUUAGAUCGAACCUCUCUCGAGUCCGAAUUCCCGAACCAACCAAUCGAAUUUACAAGCAAGAAUGCUGCAUUUCCUUCGACACUCCGAGAUCCGAAGGCGGAUUGUUCAUCGACAUGAACUCGUUUCUUGCGUUUGGGAAGGAUUAUGUGGGUUGGAAUUAUGAAAAGACUGGGAACCCAGUUUAUUUGCACAUAAAGCAGACGAAAAAACCGGUUCCUGAAGAUAGGCCCCUCAAGAAACCGACUCUUCUGGCAAUAGGUAUGGAGGGUGGUUUCGACAACCAUGAACCUGAAUAUGAAGAAUCCCAUAACAUUGUCAUAUUGCCAGAAUUUGUCUCGCUUUCUUUUCCUUCUGUAGAGUUGCCAGAAAAGGUCAGAUUGGCAGUUGAUUCUAUAUUAAUGGCUGAAGGUGCUGAGCGGAAAGAGCAAGUAGCAGCUUGGACAGCUGAUAAGAAGCAAGUCAGUGCUUAUGCCAUGAAUCUUCAACAGAUUGACAAUGGGGUCAUUGUCCCUCCAUCUGGGUGGAAAUGUGCCAAGUGUGACAAGACUGAAAAUCUAUGGUUGAAUCUAACUGAUGGGAUGACCCUUUGUGGGAGGAGAAAUUGGGAUGGUAGUGGUGGAAACAACCAUGCUAUUGAACACUACAAAGAAACUUAUUACCCCCUUGCAGUAAAGCUUGGCACUAUAACUGCUGAUUUGGAAGGAGCAGAUGUUUUCUCAUAUCCAGAGGAUGAUAGCGUUGAGGAUCCAUUAUUAGCUCAACAUUUAGCCUUCUUUGGCAUUGACUUCUCUUCAUUGCAAAAGACUGAAAUGACAACUGCUGAGAAGGAACUGGACCAGAAUACCAACUUUGACUGGAACCGCAUUCAAGAAAGCGGAGAAGAAGUGGAGCCACUAUUUGGUCCAGGUUAUACAGGACUUGUCAAUCUUGGGAACAGCUGCUAUUUAGCAUCAAUAAUGCAAGUGGUAUUUUCGACACAUAGUUUCUACUCACGAUAUUACAAGAACCUGAAUUUGAAACAUGCUUUUGAGACAGCUCCUGCUGAUCCAACUUUAGACUUGAACACACAGUUGACAAAGCUGGGACACGGGUUGUUGUCUGGUAAAUAUUCAGUUCCUGCAAAGGAGAAAGAUGAUAUUGCAAAUGUUACAGCAUCCCAUUCUAAACAGGAAGGCAUACCCCCUCGAAUGUUCAAGACACUUAUAGCUGCAAGCCAUCCUGAAUUUUCCAGUACGAGACAGCAGGAUGCGCUAGAGUUCUUUCUUCAUCUUCUUGACCAAGUUGAACGAGCUAAUGCUGGAAAACCUGAAUUGGAUCCUUCAAGGAGUUUCAAGUUUGGUAUUGAAGAAAGACUUGAAUGCUCAUCUGGAAAAGUUGCUUAUAAUAAAAGAGUUGAUUACAUCCUGUCUCUUAAUAUCCCUUUGCAUGAAGCUACUAAUAAAGAACAGCUGGAAGCCUUUCAGAAGUUGAAGGCUGAAAGGGGUUCGGAUAGAGAAGUAUCUAGUGAUGAAAUUGUACGCCCAAGGGUGCCAUUGGAAGCAUGCUUGGCAAACUUUUCUGCUCCAGAAGAGGUGCAUGAAUUUUACAGCACUGAAUUGAAGACUAAGACAACAGCAAUAAAAACUGCUGGUUUAACUUCAUUCCCAGAUUAUCUUGUGUUGCAUAUGCGGAAAUUUGUUAUGGAGGCAGGAUGGGUGCCAAAAAAACUUGAUGUCUAUAUAGAUGUACCUGAUAUUAUUGAUAUUAGUCACAUGCGCAGCAAGGGUCUUCAGCCAGGCGAAGAGCUAUUGCCAGAGGCAGUCCCUGAUAGUGAGGAGUCAAGCAAACCUUCGGCCAAUGAAGACAUUGUUUCCCAGCUUGCGGCCAUGGGAUUUAACUAUCUCCACUGUCAGAAAGCUGCAAUUAACACCUCAAAUUCUGGUGUUGAGGAGGCAAUGAAUUGGUUGCUUUCUCACAUGGACGAUCCUGAUAUAGAUGAACCCAUUUCUCAAGAAGUGCGGACUGCUGAAGUUCUGUUAUCAUUUGUUGAUCAGUCGAAAAUUGAUACAUUGGUUUCGUUUGGGUUUCAAGAAGAGGUUGCUAGGAAGGCAUUGAAGUCAUCGGGUGGGGAUAUUGAGAAGGCAACAGAUUGGAUAUUUAGCCAUCCUGAGGUCUCUGAGUCGUUGGAUAUGGAUGCUACAUCAAGCAAUGCACAGAGUACUGCUGAUGCUGGACUACCUGAUGGAGGAGGAAGAUACAAGCUUAUUGGACUGGUGAGUCACAUUGGUACCUCUACCCAAUGUGGGCACUAUGUUGCUCAUGUGUAUAAAGAUGGGAGAUGGGUAAUCUUCAACGAUAACAAGGUAGGGGCAUCCAUUAAGCCCCCAAAGGACAUGGGUUAUUUGUACUUCUUUGAGAGAAUGAACAGUUAGAACUGCACAAGCGAUUCCCUGCAAAAUGCCAGUAACCCAGUGAUUGUGGUAAUCUAGAGUGGCUGCUGCAUCCAUGAGCUUUUCGGAAUUUGAUUUUUCUUGAGUUUCACCAUUGCAUCAAGCUAACAUUUCUUUCUAAUGCAGUGCUUACUCCAGAAAUAUAACUGGCAUAAUUGUUCCAUUUGUUAUGAGCUUUUCAUUACUGAUGUGAAUAGUAACUGCAAUAACAAUGUUAUAUCGCUUGUUUCAUUCACGCUACUCAGCAGUUAAGAAUAUUACCAGUAAUGCUUA